AUGGACGCCAAGCUGUUGGGCAGAGACGAGAUCUGGUUGUUGGCCAAGCUGAGCACUUCUAAGCACGUGCAUGACCCCAGCUCCUCCGGAACCUCGCUCAGUCUGUUCCGACAGGCAAAAAGAACACGCAGUUUCUUCAGGAGUCCAAUCUCUGGUGCCGCUCCGAGCCGCUCCAAACUGUUUAGCCUCUCCGCUCAGUCCGAUGGGAGUGAAUAA